GUGUGUUCGGACCAGUAGCCUUGAACACAUGUAAAAUGAGUCUGAUUGUGUGUCCUGAUGUAGUGUAUGACUGUGUUAAUUGUUAACUCUUAAUAGAAAUGUAUUUAAUGAAUAUGCUGUGUGUAACAACUGUUAUGUAGGAUUGUGAAGACCGGCGCAAGGGCUGUUUCUCCACUGUGUCAUUUUAUGUCACAUUGAGGUAAAGAAAUAGACUGUUUGUUAUGAAAUGUUUGUUAUCCUAUGUGACUUAUCUGUGCAUGUGUAUAUCAAGCACUCAUUUUAAUGAUUUUGUGUCUGUGGGCAGAUUGCUCCUGCUGCUUUGCCUUGCCUCUUGUUAAGUGUAAAUACACUGAAACUAUCAAUAUCAAUAGUUUUGCCUUUCUUUUAUAUUUUCUUUUGUUUGGUUAUGUUGCCUUGGCCUUCGCCUAAAGCCUCGUCUGACUGAAGUGGUAUUGGCUGUUCCAGUAUUUUACAUAGUCCUGUUAAGAUUUUGUCCAGCUGUAUCUUCUAUCCACCCUGCUCGAGAUAACAACUUUUUCGUCCCUGUCUCUCUCCUCUAGAGUACUAGGGUAGCUGCUCACAGGAGAGGUUCCUGGGUCCGUCUUCGCGCACUGCACCGCGUAUUGUAGUGGUAAAACCGCACCUCACAGUAUUGAUUGAAUCACUUGCUUGUAGUGGCGGUGCCUAUGUGUGUGUGUGUGCUGGGUGUAUAUGUAUUUGAUUUGUAGGCACCAGAGUUCAGAGCACGGUUGGUGAACUUCACGUUUAUCCCGGACCGGUAGCCUACCUUGACAAUGUAGGCCUGCAGACAACACUGAAUUUCACAAGCAACAGCUGUGUGAACUGAAAAGUCCUUGGUGGUGGUCACAUCAUUCCAGAUGGCGGAGGACAAGUCUCAGUUGCCUCCAUUCUGAGACUGUCAAUCCGUGCAUCUUAUCACGUGGCUCGCUGUGAAUGACCCCGUGGAGACUCCCACCAUGUGGAGGCUCAUGCUACUCGCCACGAUCCACGCACCCCAUUGAGAGCGAGAACCACUUAAUCGUGACCAUGAGGAGGUUGCCUCAUAUGACUUUACCCUCCAUAGCAAACGGGACAAUUUGGUUGCUUAAGAGACCUGGCUGGAGUCACUCAGCACACCCUGGAUUCGAACUUGUGACUCCGGGUGUGGUAGUCACCGUCAAUACUCGCUGAGCUACCCAGGCCCCCUGUAGCUCUUUUUAACAUUUGUUUAUCAGUUUUGUAUUUGGUGCAAGUUCUGUUUUUUUUUGUUUUUUUUUCACAAGGAAUGAAAAUCACAUGGUCAUGAUACAUGGUUAAAUAUUUUAUAAAUGUUUAAUAAUAAUACAUUGAUAACUCAAGCUUUAUACAUGGGUUUUUAUACAUAUACAUGUGAAUAUAUAUUAUAGUAAUAUGCUGUACACAUAAUAUUACUCUAUUAUAUAGUAUCAACGUAGCCCACAUUUUUAGGAUUUCCAAAAAUAUUUCUAUGUCACUAAUCAAAUGUAAGUAAAUUUGUGACAUUGACCAUGCUGACUCCUGAUGCUCUUUGAAACAUUCUCAGAUAAAAUGGAUCAUCAGAUUGUCAAACAUGUGGAGUCCAUGCCUGCUUGAGCGCAUGCUGUCAUUAAAGCAAAAUUGGGACAUGUCAAAAACACUACGAAAUUCUGAAAUGUAAAUUCAACCUCUCAGAUUGUUAUGCUGAUAAUUUCUAUUGAAUUUUUUUUAUCUAUUUAAUUAGGUAAGAAUUAAAAAUAUAAGUAAUUUCCUUUUCAUAUGUGGUCUCUGAUAUUAAUGUAUUAUUAUGAACUUUUAUAUUAUAUUAUAUAAAUGUCUAUAGUCUUCUAAUCUACAUAACACCACCAAGUCCCUGAAAAGAAGCACCAUUCCCCAGUCCCCAUGGGGGAAACCGUCUGCAAUGCCUGAACAAAAACCAAUUAUGUUAUCCUGAUUGCAUGUCAUUGAAGUGUAGGUUAACAGAAAACACACAAACAACGACACAUCUUUAAUUUCACAAUCUAUAAUUCAGUUAUAUACUAUUAUAUUACUACUGUGUAAGUUAGGGUUUAAAAAUCAUUAAAUAUCCCAGUUACACCUGUCCUCCUGCAGUCAGGCCAAGGAAAAGCUGUUGACGUCACUGUUACACAACGGAAGCCGGAUAUCCGCAAUGACCGGAAAAUUUCUAUAUUUGGGCAUUCUUAGCAAGAGCAAUGGCAGCUUCCAUUCUGUGUAGACGACUAGCUUAACGUUGAAUGUGGAGUUUAAAUGAUCGUUUGUAAAACAUUUUCAUCGGGUCUCUGAGACGGAGCAGCGGAGGAUUGGACGUAUUCUUUUUAAAAUGUCAAAAAACAAAAGCUAGUGUCUAAAUUCAUCCGUCAAACCACUACGAACCCGAAACCAAUUAGCAAGGCUUUGCUAGCAUCCUCGAUACGGUGUGCAUAAUAUAUUUUUUAAUAUUCGUAAACCCACAUAUAUACCCGGAAUCAACCGUUAACAUUUUACAAAUCAACCGCCCUUCAUGCCCGAGCAAGGACCGAGAAUGAACGCCUUCUCUCUCGGCGAGUUGUGCUGGCUCUUCUGCUGCCCGCCCUGUCCGAGUCGCAUCGCGGCCAAACUGGCGUUUUUGCCUCCGGAGCCCACGUACUCCAUCCACACGGACGCGAGCGGCGCGUCCAGCCUGCACCUCACCGAGCGCGCCGACUGGCAGUACUCGCAGCGCGAGCUCGACGCCGUGGAGGUGCUCGUCACCCGAACCAGCCGCGGGAACCGGGUCGGCUGCAUGUUCGUCCGCUGCGCGCCCAGCAGCCGCUAUACGCUGCUAUUCUCGCACGGCAACGCCGUGGACCUAGGCCAGAUGUGCAGCUUCUACAUCGGCCUCGGAUCCAGGAUCAACUGCAACGUGUUCUCCUACGAUUACUCGGGAUACGGGGUCAGCACCGGGAAACCGUCUGAGAAGAACCUGUACGCGGAUAUUGAAGCGGCCUGGCAGGUUCUCAGGAACAAGUAUGGUGUGACUCCGGAAAACAUUAUCCUGUAUGGUCAGAGUAUAGGGACUGUGCCAACAAUAGACCUGGCCUCCCGGUACGAGUGUGCGGCAGUGAUCCUUCAUUCUCCCCUCAUGUCUGGGUUGCGUGUAGCCUUCCCUGACACCCGCAAAACCUACUGCUUCGAUGCCUUCCCAAGCAUCGACAAGGUCUCAAAGGUGGCGUCCCCAGUACUGGUCAUCCACGGCACAGAAGAUGAAGUGAUCGAUUUCUCCCACGGCUUGGCCAUUUACGAGAGAUGUCCACGUGCUGUGGAGCCUCUGUGGGUGGAGGGUGCCGGGCAUAACGACAUCGAGCUGUAUGCUCAAUACCUUGAGAGACUCAAGCAGUUCAUCACCUUUGAGUUGGCUACCUCCUGAAGGCACGGCAUGGAACACCAGGACACGCACAUCGUGUAGGGUUCCCCUUUACCCAGGCUGGAGGAACGCCAUCUGGUACUUGCACUUGCUGGAGAAAAUCUGGACUCCUCCGAAGUCUUUCUCUUUAGAUUUAGGAGUGAGGCCUUUUCAUCCCUGAAGGGAAAUGCAUUAUAAUAAUUUGUAUUCACUACUUUUCUUUUUAUACUUGAUGAAGAAUCGCUGACAUUUUGCACUGUAUUCAGUUCAUGCUAAAUGUUUUGUUUGAUUAUUUGAAAUGUUUUUUUCUUCCCUUUUGUUGAUGCAUUUAUUUGAAGUACUCCUCAAGGGUUAAUUAAACUGAUGCACUUUCUUGUGCUGAUAAUUUCAGGUUAUGUUUUAUGUAUUGGGGGGUGGGGGGGUUACGACAUUGCAUUCCAUUUUAUUAUGUUGAAAGUAGAUUAGUAAAUGUGUGUGUGUGUGUGUUUAGGUGCGUUCAUGCACUUGUUUGUCUGGUGGAAAGCCACUGCCCAGGGGGCGCUCUUUGGUGAAAAAAAAAAUGUAGCUUGGUCUAAUUAAAACUGGAAGAUCUGUGGAAGUGACUUGACCCAUAAAUAAUGAAGAUCUACUACGUACUGUCAAUUACUUCAAAUACAUUGUGAUGGGGAACGGGUGGGGUGGUGUCUUUUUGCCUUUUGAGUACAGAAACAAGGUGCUUUGUAGUAAUACAGCAAUCAGGGCAUUUUUUCAGUGUGAACACUACAUCAUUCUAAAUGUUGAAUUCAAAAGUAAGUGUGUUGUGAAAAAUAAAUGCGUUCUCUGUUGCUUUUAGCAUUGACAUUACAAUAAGCCUUAUGUUCUCCGACAUUUCGGUCCAAUGUUCCUGUGAAUUAUUUCUCACAAAUGGGAUUUGAAAGAUUUUCUCUGCUUGCUGCUACUCCUCAUGGGAAAAUCACUGUGAAAAUGUAACCUUCACUAGAUACAAAUAAGGUACAGCUGACCGCACCUCACUAUUUAGAAGUUUUUCUCCCAUUCCAGGCUCCUGACUAAUCCCUGGAAAACUAAUAAUUCAAUGUUUGUGGAUGUCUUUUUUUUUUUUUUUUUCGUCUUUCAUAAAUGUUGAGUGAAGGACUGUAUGUAGUCAUUUCAUGAUAGCAUUACACAACUUGAAAACCUUUCCCAAGCAUGUGUGUGCUAAUGAAGGAAAUCGAUUGCUACCAAACCAAUGCAGGCAUUAGAUUGUACGUUUUUAAUGAAUAGCAGACUUUUGUUGUUUGUUAACUUGUUGUUUUUGGUGUAUGGUUAUGCAAUGGCGGUUCAUGUAUGUUGUAAUGGAAUGUUGUUUUUCCUCCUCUUUUGGAGAUAAAAAUGCUCCACUCGACCUCAGUGGACUUGAUUGCAAACGCUUUUUAUGGAAUGACACAACUUGACCCCAUCUGAGCCCGUCAUUGCUUUUGAUACUGACGUUUUUACGAUGUUUUUGAGUAAUUAUUAAUAUUUACACCUUAAUGCUGGUUUGUAAAAUAAUCUUACUGUACACCUUAUCUCUCUAUAUAUGUAAGAUAUUAAGUAAAUGGUAUUUAGCGUUUUGAUUUUUUUUGAUUUUUUUUUUUAUUGACACUGGAAUCACAGUAUGCAUAUAUAAUGUUGAGAGAAAAACCUAGUUGGUACAGACACUUUUGCGUGUAGUUCUUUUUUUGACUAUAUCUUUAAAGCCUUAAAUGUGCCGUGAUACAGAUUAUUGUUCUUUCUGUUGGUCGUUGCUUCAAAGCAAUACUGUGGAUAUUGUACUGCUUAAAAGGAAUAAAGGAUGCAUGGAAACUCAAAACAAGUUUUCCUGUCAUGAUGCUGAUAUAUGAAAUGUUUUGAUCCCUCAUGUUCCAGCUUUUUCUUUUAGUUCGUGAGCCUUUUGAUUCUAAGUGCAGUCUUUU